AUGUGUAUACCGACUACCGCCUCGUCGCUGACCGGAACGGCUCUCGCAUCGGACAGCAUACCCGACUGCGUGCCAUCCGACGACUUGUCCCAAGCGGCCUACAAGUACGCGAGCCAACUUCUCCACCCGGCCAUUCUCAACCACAGCAUUCGCGUCUUCCUGUACGCAAAGGAAGUCGCCGUUCGCGAAGCCAGCGAGUGGAGCAAGAUAGACCGCCUGCCCCUGCUGUUCACUGCAAGUAUCAUGCACGAUGUAGGAACCACGGAUGCGCACAACGGCGCACAACGCUUCGAAGUGGAAGGCGCGGAUGCAGCUGUCGCAGUGAUGCGAGACUCAGGCACGAAUGCGUCGGAGCAGGACAUGCACGAUGUCUGGGUGGCGAUCGCGAUCCACACAUCGCCGGGCAUCGCGGAGAGAAUCAGUCCAUUGGCGAGACUUGUGCGGAUCGGCGUGUCGGUGGACUUCAAGCGGUCUCCUCAUCUCGAGGGAUUGUCGAGUGUGGUUCAGGAGACCGAGGGCACAUUCCCACGCGCCGAGAUUGAGAAGGUGCUGGGCGAUGCUGUUGUUGAGCAGGCUAUGCGGCAACCUGCGAAGGCGCCUGCUGCGAGUUGGCCUGGUAUCAUGCUCAGAAGCGCGAAGGAGAAUCCUGGGUGGACGGGGGUGAAUCAAGCAUUCUGA